CUGAGUGCAGGUUCCUGAUGUGUCGGUCAAGCAGCUGGAGUUUCGGAUGUAUUUGCAUCAGGCUGUAUAAAAACGGUCUGCAUCCGAUCACGACAAACGAUCGCGCACAGCGGAACCAGACCCCACAGACUCUCUCCGAACCGAAACCAGCUCGAGACCAUGGCUCAGUGUUCAGCAGCGGCGGCGGUCAGUGCUGAUGUCAACGGAGACCUCAAGACGAAGAGGAAAGUGGCCAUCAUUACAGGCAUAACCGGUCAGGAUGGGUCCUACCUGGCUGAGUUUCUGCUGGCUAAAGGUUAUGAGGUUCAUGGUAUCCUCCGCAGGUCCAGCUCUUUUAACACGGGCCGGAUUGAGCACCUUUAUCAUAACCCUCAAACGCACACAGAAGGAAGCAUUGGAUCCAAUAAGGCUUGUAAGUUGUUUAUUCAGUAUUUUUAA